AUGUCUCAGACGCUACCAGCCACACGGAAAUCCAAAAACGACGUGCCCGAAAACCCACGAUACCACAUUCUAGAUGUCUCCAACGGACGAGCCACCGUUGAGUUUGCCGGCUCAAACCUGGCUCAUUCCGUCGCUGAUGCCCUUGAUCAAAAUGAUAUCAACGGAUCAACCGUCAACUGUUCCGUGCUAGAUAAUCCUACUUUGGCUACACCGGCACCUGAAAUCACCCAGACGGUUCCUACACCACCUUCCAUGGGCUCCAUGAAUCCGUUUUUAUACAUGUCCCCAAUGUAUGUCGACUACGGCUACUAUGGGCCAGGACCGCAGCAUGGACCUGGUCUUUAUUCUCGUGGCAACCUGAUACAUCCAGGCAUGCCUUCAGUGCCUGUACAGCCACAUCCAGGUGUCCAUGGUGUUCACGGCGUUCCCAGCAUGGGCAGCAUGUCAGGCUUCCCACCUCCUUAUUACUAUGGGGGCCAGGAGGUCCCCAAUAUGGGCUAUCCUCCAAUGCACGGUGCAUAUGCUCCCUCUAUACUGGAAUAUGGCAAAGAUGAUUUGACUGAUUUUCCAGUAGCCGAAAGUCCCGUGGGCGAAGAGCUUGAGGAGGAGGGUGCUGAUGAGGAAGGCAUGAUCUAUAUUAAUGACGAAAACGGACAACGAGUAAGAGUGAACCCACGAAGGCUAUUUGUGGGAAACAUCCCUUUCAACUCGACGUGGCCAGCGCUCAAAAACUUCUUGGUUUCGAGGUCGGAGGAAAUCGAACCCAACAACGAUAUAGAGAUUCUAAAAGUUGAAAUCCCAAUGCAACCCCCACGAGAGCAAACCAACACAUCGACCAUGGGUUCAUAUUACUAUUUGGCAACGCUAUCACAACAGCUUCAAAAUGGCUCGGGCGGUUCUGGCCCCCAUGGCCCUCCUCCUCCUCACAAUAACGAGAGACCGCCACAGCGUGGUCUAAGUCGAGGAUUUGCAAUUGUUACAACAGGUAAUCGAGCGUCACUGGAAAAGCUUAUACGAUAUUUCAAUGAGGUCGAAUUUGAAAAUAGGCCCAUGACGGUGCGUUUCGACAGAUUUCCGAACUUCAAUGGCUAUGUCCUCCAGCAGCUAAAUCCAUCGCUACGCAGUGGCUCAGUGGGGUUCAAGAAUAAGCCUGGCUUCCUCACAAAUCUCGCGUUUGAACGCAACCUGUUCCAGCAUAAGUAUUACUAUGGUUCUGCGCCGCAAUUCCAGCCCAUGGCACAGCCUUACCCUAACGGACCGUUCUACCCCAAAAUUGACGUAAACAACAUCGAUGCCUUGAUUGAUGUGGGUGAGCGCAAUGGUGUCUCGAUGCCUUCAAGGUAUGGUGGAAAAGACGACAAUGAGCUUCGUGAUCUCUCUUUGUUGAUCACCCUGGGCAAGUUGCCCUCGUGCAGGCUGAAUUCGUUUGAUCUGGAUUUCGAUUUGAAGGUGGAAGACCUGGAUAGCUUGGCUGCCGAACUGGUACUGGAUUCAGACACUCUUCUGCAACAACAGGACCUUGUCAUCACCGAUCACAAUGGCAACAGACACAUGAUUGGUCCUCUCGGCCUGCCUGCGGUGUUUGACUCUUCUGUCAAGGCGUUAGCCAACAUGUUCGACAUUGACCUUUCUGCAUGCCCAUCUCUCCAGCACGCUUUCCAGGGAGAGUUGGUGUUAACAUCAAGCAAUGAGCCCUUGAAUCCCUCCGACUUGGGCCUCUUGUACAACCUGAUGUUCCCCUACCUCGACGACAUCUCAUUCCAAGAAGCUACCUACUUCACUGACUGCUUCUUCCGCAAUGUGCAUCCACGUUAUCCAUGUUUUGUGGAAAGCGUGUUCAGAUCGUUUCUUGAACGCUUCUGGGCCGCAAUGGCCUCCAAAUCCAGAGACCGUUUCAUAUCCCACCACACCAUCUGCAGCAUAUACAUGGUCUGGCUCCUCGGGCGUCUCUUCAGCCCUGGAAGCUUACCCAGGAUUGACCAAAGCAUAGUUCAAAGGUACCUUCACAUCAUCAGAUUGUGUCUUUCCGAUAUCGUCCUCACACCAACACUCGAUGGUAUUCGUACCUUAGUGCUUCUCGCCAUCUACAUGGAAAACACUAUGCGUAGAGAAAGCGCCUAUGUGUUGAUCCAAGUCGCUGCUCGUCAUUGCAUUACUCUCGGUCUUCAUAGAGAGUCUCUGGUGAUGCAGGUGGCUGACAAACUGAAAGUGGAGGAGCUGAGGAGAAUCUGGUGGGCCGUUUUCACCAUGGAGGUAUCUGUCAGCUGCCAAAUGGGUCGGUCCUCGACAAUUCAUAUGUCCGAUGUUUCUGCUUCAUAUCCACUUUGCUAUGAUGUGGUCCCUUCCCCUGAAUAUUCUCCUACGUAUAUGGCCAUUCUUGAUAUCACCAAGGUCAUGCACGAGGUUUUGAAAUAUCGUCAAGCCGUCGACAACACAGAAUCCUUGAUGUCAAACGAGAACCUCGAUAAGGCUCUUGCACUUGACGAAAAACUUACAAGAACCAUGCAGCGUAUUGAUCAGUCCUUGUUGGAUCUUUCGAUGAUUGCAGACUACAAGAUCCAUUUGCUGAUGCGCUACCACCACGAUCGUCUUACGAUCCUGCUUCCCUUCUACUCCAAGGUGGCAGAGGACCCUCAAUAUGCCUCUCACCCAACUGUCCAAACCCUUUUGACCCAAGGCUUGCGCCUGAGCAUCGUUAUUUCACAAAUCAUCGACGCAAGUAUGUCCUCCAACAUGCUCAAUGGCACAGUUCAUGCUGACAUCUUUUACACAUUCCACGCCACGAUGGGACUUGUCAUGGGUUACUGUCUCAUGAACAACAGCACGCUAAAUAGCAACUUGAAACUUGGUGUUUCCAACGAGGAAGUUCAGCAAGCCAUUGAGAGAAUCCGUGGUCUCUCUCUUUCCAAUAGAGGCAUGUGCUUCGGUACUCUUCUCAAGUUUAGCACAUUCAUCGACGCUUUCAUUGCUGGAUACGACUACCUCAGAGGCCACGCUCAUUACAAGCGCCCUAGUGAGCCUGCUUCAUAUGGAAGUAUAACAACCAGUGCUAAGCAUGACAUGCUGGAGGUGUUUUCGGCUGCUGAAGUCCGUGUCAAGAUGGAAGACAACUCCUUGGGUGAGGGAUUUGACGAAUACUUCAUGAAGACGCAAAGAAAUGAUUUUGACACACAAUCUGGGUUUCACUCAGCAGAUAUCCCCCAGUUUGGCGAGAUGGUCUUCAACGGCGGUAUUGCCAGUUUCGGCAAUGGCUUUGGUGCACCUGAACGCUUCACCACAGAAAGUGUACUUCCAGGGGAAUGA